GUUUUUGUAUUGUUGCUAUCACCAUGUAUGAAUACGCCUUGCGUACGUUUUUUGAUAUUUAGUACACUUUAACAAAAUAUGAGGUAAGCAAUUCGGAUAUUGUCAUAACAACUAUGCAACCCUGCACACUUUUAAUGUGGCAACCACUUUGUGACUGCGGACGAACCAGCUGUUCUGCCACAUUCUUUCCACGUGAAGUUGGACGCAUUUUUCAUUAUUGGACAAAAAAUUUAAAAUAUUGCUGAUUGUUUUGAAUCAGUGGUAAUAAUAAACAUAUGUACAUGCAUAUGUUAAUAAUAAAAUUUUAGUGAAACUAUAAAGUCCAAUCAAAAACGACGUGCAAGUAUGGCGGCAAAUAGACAGAUAAAACUGGAAAGUGAUCCCCUGCAGGAUGAUUAUGUUGGUGUCGUAUUGGUAAACAACAUGGUAGAUGAUAACGCGUAUUUUCAAUAUGAAGACGUUCCUGAGGCGACGUAUGAAAAUGAAUCUCUAAUUGAGUAUGUUGAAGAAGAGGAGGUGCAAAAUGACGUCUACGUUGUCAAUGAAAUUGUCGAAGAUCAGGGAGAUCGUGUAAAAACGCAUACACUUCAAAUAAAACGAUUGACAAUCGAUGGGCAAUAUCAAGACAUAUAUCGUUGCUUAGAAUGUGCUAUAGAUUUCGUAACUGUUGAAGAUUUUACUAAAUUCCACAAAAAAAUUCAGAGGGAAAGGCAUUCUUCCAAAACUACUGCAGACUCGAUUGAUAACGAAUCAGUCCAAAGUGAGAACAUGAAUAAUGUAGAAAUUGAUCAGGUUCAACAAGAGAAUGAUUGGGUGUUUAUAAAAGAAGAACAAAUCGUCAAGCAGGAAAAUGACACCGAAACAUUUGGUGCAGGAUGCGAGCAAUAUGUAGAAUUAAGUGAGAAUGUCAAUAAAAACCAGGAAGAUGAUUAUGAAAUUGGAGAGCUGAUACCGGUAGUGCAGGAAACCGCCGAAGACGAGGAUGAUGGGGAAAAAUAUUUUUGCUGUGAUUGUCAGUUAAUAUUCAGUGAUUUGGAAAGUGCAGAGCUGCAUGUUUGUAACGCGCUUAACACAGAAACUGUAGAAGCGGUAGAUGCGGGUAUAUGUACCCGAAAAAUUCAAGAUUAUAGCACUAACAUCCAAAGCAAAGCUACUGAAGUACAGUAUCAUUGUCUUCAAUGUGAAAAGAAAUUUAAUUCGGAACAAGGCUUACAAAUUCACAGUCGCAGCCAUAAACCCAAAGAAAUGAGAGCAAAGAGUAGCAAUGCAUCGGAAGUAAAGGAAAUAAAGAGCACAACAUGUCCGAUAUGUAAUACCACAUUUGCUUCAUAUAAAAACCUUAAAUUGCAUAUGAAAAUCCACGAUGCACAACAGGUGCGCACAAUCGAGCAAGCGUUACCUGCUGGCGCUAAAACGCAAUACAACGACAUGAAUAAGUUCUUCUGCGAAAUUUGCAAUAAAAGUUUUGAGCAAAACUUGCUGGGCAUACAUAAAAACAUGCACCAGCAGGCAGCAGAGUACAAAUGUGGCAUCUGCAAUCGAAACUUUGAGAAUAAGACUAGCUAUGAUAUGCAUAUGCAAAUGCACGCCGACAAACCGACAAAGUCACGCAAACCUCCAGCCAAGCCAGCGGAUAACACUGUUGACGAUAAGAGAAAUGGACGCUUCCCGUGUCAAUAUUGCGGUCGAACUUUCCAGCGACCAUUUGAGAAAGUGCGCCACGAGCGUGUGCACACUGGUGAGAAGCCACACGCAUGCGAAGUAUGCGGCAAAACUUUUCGGGUAUCCUACUCACUGACGCUACACUUGCGCACGCACACCGAUAUACGACCAUAUGUGUGCGCAACUUGCAAUAAGCGUUUCAAAUCACAGUCUGUGUAUGCGCAUCAUCUAAGGACCCAUGAAGCAGAACGCGCCUACAAAUGUGAGACGUGUUCGAAAAGUUUUCGCAAUUCUGUACAACUUUCAGCACAUCGUAAUGUUCACUCUAAACCUUAUAAUUGCCCUGUCUGCAAUCGACCUUUUGCCUCACUUUAUUCAGUGAAAAUACACAUGAAGACGCACAACAAGCCAAAUCGCACUAGUGACGUUACCAAAUACAAAUGCUAUAUAUGUGGUGCGGAAUAUGCGCGCAUUCCCGCAUUGCGCCUUCAUAUGAAAGAUUUACAUCUUAUCGAUUUUGAUACGAAUCAAUCUUUGGAGUUGGAUGAUGAGGUGAUAUCAGGGGAAGAACAAAAUUCCCAGCCUCUGCAGGGCAUAGAGGAUAUUGAUGAUGAGCAGGAAGUUGAUCACGAAGCUGCUGUGCUAAUUGCUGCAGCUGCAGAGGCCGAUUGCGCAGCUUACAUAGAGGCCGCAACAGCUCAAUCGUCAGAUGCCGCGUCACCGGGUACAAGUGGCAUUGGACUGCAUGAGCAGGUUAAUCCAGACUACGAGCUGAUUGUGGACAACUACCAGACCGAGGAGAUUGUCACUGAUUGGAUGUCAAAGUAGUUUUGAAGCAACGAUUAGGUAAUUGUGAAUAAGUUAGUUAUAUUAAAACAGGUUAUGUAGUAAGAAUUAAACAAAAAUAAUCCCAUA